CAACAUGCGGUUUUACGGAUCUAAAUCCUUCGGACCCCCACGCGUGGCGCUUUGCAGCGAUCCAAGAUGACUGCAUGGCCGGAAAAUCCAUAGCCGCCCGUGUUUCCAUUAAUAUGAUGACAUGCAGCACUAAACCCGGUCCGCACUACCGAUAUUUAAACCAGUACGCAUGUGUUCCUGGCGGUGUACAAGUUAUGUGAGCACGGAAUCCUACGGGCCGACUACCUUGCGAGCCUACGCAGGCACAGGAGUUGGAACUGUCUUUGGUAUAGACCAAAAACAGUCAUCAAUAAGCCUUUCGGGUCUCAAAUAAUGGAUAUAGACACCUUACUUUGGUUAUGAAAUUCUGUAGGACCCUAGCUCUGUCAGUAAUUUGUUCAAGAUAUGUCUGCCACCAACAACGUCGAGACGGCCGCGGCCAAAUCAGUGGAGAAGGAUUUCGUCCCUGCCCUCCAGAGUUUCCCGACUCUCAAGCCUGCUUUGCGAAUUAAGACCUACUUCAACCAGAAGUUCAAUUGUGGGGAUGUCUACAGCGGUUCCACCCUCGUCGCGGUACCCUUCUCCGGCGGUGUUCUCGAAUCUGUUGGCGACUUCGAACCCAAGCUGAAGCUCGCCGUCAACAGCGGCACCGACUGGUUCCGCAUCGAUGCCGACAAGACCCGCGGCCGCAUCAGCGUCAAGGCCAUUGCGAUCGACGACGAGGGUCGGUCUAUUAGUCUCGGCCUUGAAGGUAUCACGGUGAUCAACGAGGCGACCAUGCCACUGAUUCUGGGUGCGCCAGAUGCCCAGACUCCGCCGUUCGGCUAUGGCAUUCAACAUCUGAAGAUCGAGGCUGGCCAUGAGCAGUACAAGCCCCUCGAAGGUAUGCUGUUUGCCACCAGCCUGAGAUUCACCAAGGAGGAGGGCGACUUGACCGGUGUCGAGAUUCGCGCAUCCAGGAUCCUCCCGGGAUCUGGAAUGAAGUAAGGUCUUCCAUAAUAGCAGGAUGAACAUGACAUUAGAGUUUUCUGCUUCGGUCGACAAAGGCAUCAAGUUAAAACUCAAUUUAUUACUGCACUGGUUUGAAUAUCAAUAAUGCAAUGAUAAAUAUUUCUGAGCAAGACUAUUACAGACAUGUGAUUCUAUGGAUGUGGUGAGAGCCUACAGACUUGGACGUAAUGCCUAUACAUAGUCGACGCGAAUAGAUGCUUAGUGUGAGCAGAUCCUACAGCAUUUUCACUGUAGGGUUCAUGAUCACCAGACAAAAUUUACAGUGGCAACUGUCCGUUGUUUCAAUCGAGCUUCAGGAGUAAACCUCAAUCGGGGGACAACAUGGGUCUUGACCUCCAAUAUUUGGCUCAACUGCCAGUUUGAUCACAGCGCUG